AUGGCUUCCGGAGAUUCGCAGGUCUUCUCCGUUCUCAAGGUGGCACUCGUGCUGGUGGCCACGUGCGCGGUGUCGCCCCUGCCGCCCACGUGGGCCUCGCUGGCCGGCGCCGACCACGCCGGGGCGACGCUGACCACCAUCUCUUUCCCGGAACUCCUGCCGCCCACGCGCGUCCGGAGGAUACACAGGUAUGCUGUCAGAUUCCCAGUGCCACGACCAUACCCAGUGGAGAAGCUUGUGCCGUAUGCUGUGCCUCAUCCAGUUCCUGUACCUGUAGAUGCACCUUUCCAAGUACCAGUACAGCACCCUGUCCAGUAUGGAGUGCCCCAUCCCGUACCCAUACCAUUUCCACAAGAUAUCCCUAUUCCAGUUCCCCAAGCUGUACCAGUUGCUGUGAACCACCCAUAUCCUGUGCCUGUCAGAAAGCCAGAACCUUACCCAGUCAAGCAUCUGAUACCUUAUGGUGUUCCCAGGCCUUUCCCAGUCCCACACCCAGUACCUGUCUCAGCCCCAAAUGGAGCCUUCCAGGUUGGAGAGCAGCUGGAGAACAGUCUCGAGCAGAACCCAGGUGUAUCUGGUUUUGGUGGGGACUUUGCACCAACUGGACCGGGAGAGCUUCUGCAGCCACUGCCAGUAGGUAGUGUGCAACCGCAAAUUCUGCCCACUGCUCAGGGCUACCCUCUGGACCAGACUCCGGGAGUCACUGCCACAGCCCAGCAUCCACUACACUAUCCAACUGGAGGAGUUCUUGUUUCCGUUCAGCAGCAACCAGCAAUCAUCGCUCAGAACCAGCAGCAAACUGCCGCCAUCUCAACAGGUGCUGACAAUUCUCAACAACAGGACUCCAACAUCCCCCUACAGUAUGCGCUCGUGGGCCUCAUCCAGCAGCAACUAACUGCUAUGCAAACAUCAAAUCAGUCGAGCAUAGAUACAGCAGCAGAUGAUCAGUCAGUCAGCCAGCCACCUGUACAGCCAGGAGGUGAUGAAGAAACACCUCAAUCACCUGUGUUCAGUGAUGAGCCUGGAAUUCACAACACAUCAAACGAAGAACUUCCAGCAAGUGAAUCGCCUGUAUUACAACUGCAGCUAGUGACUGCUGGAACACCUCAGUAUCAAUCAGUCGCUGUCCCAGCGUACCACCAAAUACUGCAUCCUGCAAUUCCAAUUCCUGCACCACCACUGCUCUCAAAUGGCAGUAUAGACAGUACUGGACCAUUAGCUACGCUGAACGUUUCCUACGAUGCCUUGACACUGGCAAAUUCUUCAUCCAUAGAAUUUCCUCAUCCUUCUGAUCCCCACAUGCCUCAUCCUCAAGACCUUACACCUACACAACACGAAAACCAAGUACAACAAUCACCUGAGCAAUAUCACCAGCUGCUCCUGUCUUCUUUUGGAGACUACAAUCAGCAAAAGGAUGCUACAACUGAGGUGACAUCAGAGGCUGUGGUGGACGCUGUAAGUGAGACAACUCCAGCAGCUGAUGCAGGACUGAGAAGUACUACUGCAGAUAUUCAGGAUGCGGCAUUGGUAAGUGAGAACCUAAUAGCUGAUCUGCAGCACCGAAUAUUCCUGUCCAAGCAUCAACAACAAACUGCAGCACAGUUGAACUUUACUCAAGAUCACACUACAGGAAUCGAUCUCUUACAGAAAGCACAAGACCAGGACAAACUCUAUCAGAAACAGCUAGAUGUGCUCCAAAAUACGUUCGCCACAUACAAACAGCAACUGGAGCAGAAAUUUAUCGAACAGAACUUGCAGCAGAACAAUCAAGGCGUCUCACAACACUAUCAAAGUGCAUUUGCGUUGUUCCCAUUGUCUACAAACCAGCAAGGUGCACAGAGCACCACCACCAAGGCUAGUGUAGCACUGCCGGCCACCCCACCUUCUGCUCUAAUUCCGAAGAUUAUUGGACCUCAGUCUCAAACGCCAGCGGAGCUUGUUCCUGAAUCUACGUCAGAAACGUCAACUGGAGUGGUGACGACGACGACAACAACAACAUCGGCGCCGUUAUCUCUCGCUCCACAGUCGACUUCUGCCCCAGAGAUUAUCAUAACAUCAGAGACAGCUACUCCAUCACUGGCUGUUUCACCUGCACCAACAAGAGAAGCUGUUUCCACAACCUCAAGCGUAGAUGCUUCAGCAGCUACUAGUGCUAACUCGCCAGACGACAUCUCAUCAGUAUCUGCGACUGUGACGCAGGACGCAAUCACACCCACAACCUCGACAACGUCAACUCUGACCUCGACACUCGUGACCUCCACUUCUGAACAGCCCACUGACGUCUCCACGACCACACAGAAUCCAGUGUCAUCUACAUCUGAGCAACCAAUACAGACGAGAGAAGCAGCAAAGCAACAAGUUUUCGCUCCAGUUCGCUUCCGCCAACCCGUGAUCGACACAGUUCCAACACAAGUAGCAACUGUUGAAGGUCAGCUUGGCAGCGUUGGGGCGUCGCAGCCAGUACCGAAUGUCGUUUCUCAGGGAGGACAGCAAACAAUUGGACUAGCUGUUCUAGUUCCUUAUCAACAGCAGAGUUUUCCAGUCCAUCAGCAGCCACAACAUCAACCCGUUUUCACACCAUACUACCAGCCACAACCACAGCAGUUCCUACCACCAUUUUCUGGAGAUGGUGUACAUCACCAGUGGAGUAUGCCAAUGUAG